UGGUCAUUAAACAAAGCCAUUGUAAUAUUUCACUUGAACCUGUAAAUUAACAUUUUUCACUCCUUUAAUAAUUUUCAUAUAAAUAGGUAUUAUUGAAUCAUAAUAAUAUUCAAAACAAAUAUUUACACUAUUAAAUAAUAAUUACAAUUACAAUACCUGUCUCACUGAUCUCUAUGUGACCUGUCUACGAUCACGAACCAGACAACAAUGCGCUUGUAUAGUAUAAAGGCUCGUUCACAGCUUAAGCCCUGAGCAGAAUAAAGGCGCAGACACAAUUUAGAUACAGCUUGCGCAAACUCAGGGAUGGGUAAAUGUAACAAACUCGAGGUUUUCUACGUAUGUUACAUGUAUGUUACAUAAAGUAACAUACGUAUGUAACCCCCCACUCUCGAAAAUUACAUGGAUGUAACAAUGUAAGGACGUAACAUACUAGGUAACAUACAGUAACAAACCCAGGUAACAUACAUGAAGUAUGUUACGUACCCAUCCCUGCGCAAACUGUAUGAGGGUGAAUUUACAAACGCAUUUGUUCCGCUGUACUAAUAGUUUAUAUAAAUUAAAAACUAAUUAUACAACUAUUAGUGAAUAAAUAAUGUUAUAAAUGUUUGCGUUUAUAUUAGUUCCUUCAGUGCCAGAAUAUAUAUUGCACUACCAUUCGUUGCCAAAGAAAAGUGUGUAUAACACUUUAAUAUUAAAGAGAAGAAGUCCCGGGUUCCUUCAUAAAGAAAAGUAUUUUACUUAAACAGUGAAUAAUAAAAAAGCUAAAUUUUUAUGCAUUGUGUUUCUUCGAGUAAAAGAUAAAAAAGAUGGAGGGAGGAAGAAUUGUACCCAUAGGAGGUAUAUAUUUCAUCGAAGGCUAUAUGUACAUUUUAAACAAAAUGGAAAGAAAUAUAACUUACCUGAUAUGUCGAAAUCAUAAGAAGAAAAAUUGCCCAGGACGAGGUAAAAUCAAUAGAAAUAAUCAAUUUAUAUUGACAUCAAAUCACAAACAUACAGUCGAUCCGAGGGAAGAGGAGGAAUUUUCAUUAAGAAGAGAGCUCAGAAAUAGUGCAAGAACACAGCCAGAUUCAUUGAGAGAUGUUUACAACAACAUAAUGGAUCUUCAUAAUGAACAGGAAGGAAACAUUUCUUUCACAAGGAUGAAAGAGAAUAUGAGAAGAUGGCGUUACAGCCAUGUUCCAGAAGAGAUAGAUAAUUUACUUGUUUUCACCGACACUAUUAAUAGUGAUGAAUGGGGUUUUUUGAAAUCUCACAAAUCUGGUGUGCUUUCAUAUUAUCUCUCAACAGGAGAAGACAAUGCUAGCUGUUGUACAAUUUUCGACAACAACUUCCCAAGGAGUGCAUUUCGGGCAGAGAAUUAUUUUAUACACAUUUCAAAGAAAUGUAUACCACAAGGCGGUUGGACCGAUGGAAUAAUAUCUUUAUUGAUGUUAAAAAAUAAUCGCUUAAUUCCCAUUGCACUUGGACUACUAGAGCGGCUUACAAUUGAAACUUACAAAUCAUUUUUUCUGAAAAUAAAAGAAAUUGUGCCAAUAUUCCAAAUGACUACAGUAGUUACAGGAAAUGAAGUAAUUUUGAAAGAGUCUAUUGAAUUUGUAUUCCCGGAAGCAAAUGUUCUAAGGAGCCUUUAUUAUUAUCAAGAAGAUAUUUACAAGAAAUUUGUAGCAGAAAAUCUCAAAAUGGAGUUAAAAAACAAUGAUAAUAAUAAUGAGAUUAAGAAAUUAGCAUUGGGAUUAAUGGCACUGCCAUUAUUCCCAGCAGAGUUAAUCGAAUAUACAUACGACAAUUUUUUAAAUACAUUAUCACAGUUGACAAUCACAAGAUGCAACAACAUCCUGGAUUGGUUCCAGACGGAAUGGCUUCAGGGUGUUCAAACGGAAAAUAUGACCUGCUACAAUAAUUACAAUCAAUCGACACAAUUUUUUGAAUUGUAUUCCAAUCAGUUGGAAUCAAAAUUAGGGACAUUUCCUGCAACUUGGCGAUAUCCACGGUUUUUGUCAUCCUAUUUCCAUAAAAUAAAAACUGAUUUGCGAAAUAUUCGUGUAGAGGAUUAUCAAAAUGUUCGAAUGCCGAAAUUAUUCAGUAGAGAGAAAAGAACUGACCUCAAAACAUUGUGGUCCAACAUGAAUGAUGAUUCAUUCUCAGGAGAAGAUUUAUUGAACCAAGCACGAAACAUGUUUUCGAAACCAAUUUCGUUUUACUUUGAAAUGGAACACAACAAUGAAGACGGAAAUGAUAAUUACUUUGAUGUAAUUAACGUACCAGAACCGGUUGUAGAAUUAGUUCAACAAAAUCCUCAAGAAGUAGUAGCCGAGGUGUUAGAAGAAGAAAGAAAUGAUGAGCCACAAGUUGAACGUCCCCUAUGCUGUGUUUGCUACACAAGAGCUCCUGAAUAUAUUUUUAUACCAUGCGCACAUUUAAAAAUUUACGAAAUUUGUUGGAUACAAUACCAAGUAUUGGGGAGGGGACAGUGUCCCAUGUGUCGCGCCAGAUAUACAAAUGUAUACAAAGUGUUCUAAGUGUUAUCGACAUUAAGUUUUUAAAAAACUUUACUUAAAUAAUGUUAAUAAUUAGAAUUAAAAGAAUAUAUUAUUAUGAAUUUCUACGUAAUUUUAAGAAAAUAAAAAGGCUGUUAUUCGUAUCUUUUAAAGUGUAAACUUAGUACUUUGCAUUGUUCAUAAAAUCAGAGUUCGCAUAGCUCGUAAGCGACUUUUGAUUUUGAGUAAACAAAAUGAGAAUUGCAAGCAAUUUAAUUAGACAGCAGUAUUAUUGACAUUAAAUUUUUAAAGAAAUUUAUUUAAAUAAUCUUAAAAAUUAAAAAUAAAAACAUGUACUAUUGUGAAUUUCUACGUAAUUUUAAGCAAAUGAAUAGCCUGUUAUUCGUAUCUUUUAAAGUGUAAACUUAGUACUUUGCAUUGUUCGUAAAAUCAGAGUUCGCAUAGCUCGUAAGCGACUUUUCAUUUUGUGUAAAACAAAAUGAGAAUUACAAGCAAUUUAAUUAGAUAGCAAUAAUAUUGAUAUCAAACUUUUAAAGAACUUUAUUUAAAUAAUGUUAAAAAUUAAAAAUAAAAACAUAUACUAUUGAGAAUUUCUACGUAAUUUUAAGGAAAUGAAAAGGCUGUUAAUCGUAUUUUUCGUAUUGUAAACUUUGUAAUUUGCAUUGUUCGUAAAAUCAGAGUUCGCAUAGCUCGUAAGCGACUUUUCAUUUUGCGUAAACAAAAUGAGAAUUACAAGCAAUUUAAUUAGAUAGCAAUACUAUUGAUAUUAAACUUUUAAAGAACUUUAUUUAAAUAAUCUUAAAAAUUAAAAAUAAAAACAUGUACUAUUGUGAAUUUCUACGUAAUUUUAAGCAAAUGAAUAGCCUGUUAUUCGUAUCUUUUAAAGUGUAAACUUAGUACUUUGCAUUGUUCGUAAAAUCAGAGUUCGCAUAGCUCGUAAGCGACUUUUCAUUUUGUGUAAACAAAAUGAGAAUUACAAGCAAAAUGAGAAUUACAAGCAAUUUAAUUAGAUAGCAAUAAUAGUGAUAUUAAACUUUUAAAGAACUUUAUUUAAAUAAUGUUAAAAAUUAAAAAUAAAAACAUAUACUAUUGAGAAUUUCUACGUAAUUUUAAGGAAAUGAAAAGGCUGUUAAUCGUAUUUUUCGUAUUGUAAACUUUGUAAUUUGCAUUGUUCGUAAAAUCAGAGUUCGCAUAGCUCGUAAGCGACUUUUGAUUUUGCGUAAACAAAAUGAGAAUUACAAGCAAUUUAAUUAGAUAGCAAUACUAUUGAUAUUAAACUUUUAAAGAACUUUAUUUAAAUAAUGUUAAAAAGUAAAAAUAAAAACACAUGUACUAUUGUGAACUUCUACGUAAUUUUAAGAAAAUGAAAAGGCUGUUAAUUGUAUUUUUCGUAGUGUAAACUUAGUAAUUUGUAUUGUUCGUAAAAUCAGAGUUCGCAUAGCUCGUAAGCGACUUUUGAUUUUGUGUUAACAAAAUGAGAAUUACAAGCAAUAUAACACUGGGUAACAAAAAAAUGACCAUGUCGUGUUUAUUUCAAAAUUUUUGUGUUUAUUGAAAGUUUGGGUGUCAGUGAAUUAGAGAAUACCAAAAAUUUUUUUUUAAAUUUAUUCAGACCCCUAGAAAGGGGGGGUUGAAUUAUUAAAAAACGGUGUUUUUUGCAUUUUUUGAAGUCCUGUAAAAAGAAAAUGGGAAGACUUAAAAAGCUCUAAUAUGGCUUAAAAGAGAGCUCAAACCUUUAUCUUUUAGAACCAAAACUGAAAAGUUAUGUAAAAAUUGCAGGGAACCUGUAUUUACCGACUACCCCCCCCUAAUGUAUCAUACAUUCUGGUAAAAAUGACUGGGAAUCUAAGCAUAUCAAUUUUUCAUAAUCGGAUUGGCUUCAAAUUUGUUAUUCGGGGGUUUUUGGGAUCACUGAUUACGAAUCCGAAGUUAGAUUUCCAAAAUUCAAAAUGGCGGCUUCAACAAAGCGAAUAAAAUGUUGAAAGGCGUUCGGAUUCGCUCGAGACUUGGUUGAAUCCGCCAUGUUAAAGUCUCCAUUUUGAAUUUUUGAAGUCUGACUUCGGAUUCGUAAUCAGCGACCCCAAAAACCCCUGAGUAACAAAUUUGAAGCCAAUCCGAUUAUGAAAAUUGAUAUGCUCAGAUUCCCAGUCAUUUUUACCAGAAUGUAUGAUACAUUAGGGGCUUACUCGAUAAAUACAGGUUCCCUGAAUUUUUUACAUUACUUUUCAGUUUUGCUUCUUAAAGAUAAAGGUUUCAGCUUUCUUUUAAGCCAUAUUAGAGCUUUUUAUGUCUUCCCAUUUUCUUUUUACAGGUCUUCAAAAAAUUCAAAAAACACCGUUUUUUUAUAAUUCAACCCCCCUUUUUAGGGGUCUGAAUAAAUUAAAAAAUUUUUUUGGUAUUUUCUUGUUCAUUGACACCCAAAGUUUCAAUAAACACAAAAAUUUUUAAAUAAACACGACAUGGUCAUUUUUUUGUUACCCAGUGUAAUUAGACAGCAGUAUUAUUGACAUUAAAUUUUUAAGAACUUUAUUUAAAUA